CAAAGGCCGGGAAGCAAAAUGUCGGACUUCGAAGACGAGGAGGGAGUCGAUGAACCAGUGUUAGAUGACGAAAAUGAUGAGGAAGGAACCGAAGAGGAGGAGAAACCUCCAGAGAAUCCUCUGACGGAGGAAAUUUUAGCUGACAGUCUUUCUUUGUUGUGUAAAACGGGAGAUGGAUUGGCACAUGCAUAUGUAAGACUUGACGUUCACGAAAAGGAGCUGACAGAUAUCAGUAUACUCAACUGCUUUAUUCAUUUGAGAUAUGUGGAUGUCAGUGGAAAUCAGUUAAAGGAUAUUUCUUCACUUAACUCAUUAACUCACCUUCUUACACUGAAAGCAGACAGGAAUGCCUUGCACUCAGCUAAACUUGAUGAGCUACCAUAUCUACAAAUUGCAAGUUUUACUAACAAUAAUAUUAUGGAUACAGAGGGUAUCAACCAUCCUUUGUUAGAACAUUUAAACUUAUCAUUCAAUGAGAUAGUAGAAAUAACAGGCUUUGAUCCAAUCAAGUUGGGCAGACUCAGGGUAAUGGAGCUACGUGGUAAUAAACUCAUGACCACCAUGGGACUGUCAAGUCUUCCUAACCUAAAGGAGUUAUACUUGGCUGCAAACACCAUAAGAAGUCUUGAGGGGCUGGACAGAUUAGAACAUCUUGCCAGUUUACAUCUCCGUGACAAUCAGAUUGAGAAUUUGGAUGGCUUUUCAGAAAACAUGAAAAACCUUCAGUACCUGAAUUUGAGGGGUAAUAAUGUCACAGACAUGAAGGAAAUUGCCAAACUUAAAUGUUUACCAUUGUUAAGGGCAUUACUUUUAAUGGAGUGCCCAGUGGCAUUUGAGUCAGAUGAGGAUGAUUAUCGUAUAGAAGUGCUGAUAAGCCUGCGGCGACUAGAAAGGCUUGACAAAGACGAAUACACAGAUGAUGAGAGACAAGAGGCAGAAGAGAUUUAUGAACAGAGAAGACAAGAGGAAGCAUUAGCAGCAGGAACCCAAGAAGUCAUUCACACAGAUGAAGAUGACUGAUAGACUGUCUAGUUUUUAACACUGUUGUGCAAUUUUCAUUCUAUGAACCAUUGAUUGAUUAAUACUACGGACCAUAAGUGUGAAGUUGUGUUGUAUUUUGUGUUCUUGCACUCUUCAACAGUCUCAAGUAAAUUGUAAAUACAGAUCUACAAGAUGACCCACUGUAAAAAAAUUCUGUCAGUAAAAAGUUUUUGCUUCACAUUUUUAAUAUUAUUAAUGAUUUUUUUCCUCUAACUUUUUUCCUCCUGAAGACCCAUUUGUAAGGUAUCAAUUUUUUUUAACAAUUCAAAUAUGUUGAAGUUGCAAGUUCAACUACAUGUCUUGUUGUGCCAGUCAUAGUCUCCCAACUAAUAUCAACCUCUCUGUUUAACAAAUGGUAAACACCACAGCGUACACUAUUGAGUUAUGGAUGCACGCGGGAGGUUGCUAAGCAUGAA